AUGUUGCAAUUUGCAGCAAUAGUGAAGCUCUUCCAGAGUUUCAGUUUGAUUCCGAUCAAACUAAGCAAUACAAGAUAUUUUCAUAAUAACAUCUUCAUCUCUGAAACGCACGUGCGAAAAUUAAAUGAUAUCCUAAAAUUCAGCAGCGCAACCUUGACGGUAAUUGUGACGUUAGUUGAAAAAUGGGCCUACCGUAAUUCGCAAAUGCAAAUCUGGUCCAACUUGCGCCGAAUUGCCAACGACUUGGUUAACCUAACCGUGUUCAAUAAAACGAGGCGUCGGUUUAGUUGUAAAUUUUGGAUGUGUUUUGUAGUACAAAUUGUUGUGGAGUUGCGGAUUGCAUCAGGAAUUCUAAUUUAUCCGCAAUGGACAAGAUUUUGGUGUUACAACAUCUAUCCAGCCACAUUUUGUCGGAUGCUACAUAUGUGCCAUAUUUUGUAUAUUGAUCACCUAACGGAAUGCAUAAUUAUUAUCAGAGAAAACUUACUUGACAUAAAAAACGAAAUUGGAUUAUGUGUCGUAUUGGCACCAAUCAUAAUGUUUACCAUGCUAACAUCCGCCCACCGAUGUAGUACCUUAAGCGCCGACCUCGGAGUGUUGCUACACAAAAUCCCAGAGCACCAUGAAUGGGAACUGCAGAAGAUCGUGUAUUUCUUUUCGUUACAAAUUAGUCAACAACCUAUUCGCCUUUCGGCUUACACUUUGAUGAACUUCAAUUACCCAUUGACAAUUAGGAUUUUUACUGGUAUAGCCACAUAUAUGAUGAUUUUCGCUCAAAUAUAUAUUUAA